AUGAGCAGUCACCCUGCUACACCUACCACUACCACGAGCACUCCUACUUCUACCACACACACUACUACUCCUACCACCACCACGAGUGCUCCUACUUCUACCACAGAAACUACUACUCCUACCACCACGAGCACCACUACUUCUACCACAGACACUACUACUCCUACCACCACCACUCCUACUUCUACCACAGACACGACUUCUCCUACCACCACCACGAGCGCUUAUACUUCUACAACAGAAACUACUACUCCCACCACCACCACGAGUGCUGCUACUUCUAACACAGACACUACUACUCCUACCACCACCACGAGCGCUGCUACUUCUACCACAGAAACAACUACUACUACCACCACCACCACAAGCACACUUACUUCUACCCCAGAAACUACAUCUACUACUACAACAAGCCCUGCUACUCCUACAACCAACACGAGUGCUCCUACUACUACCACAGGAACUACUACUCUUACUACCACCACGAAAACUACUACUCCUACCACCACCAAGAGUGCAACUACUUCUACCACAGACACUAUUACUCCAACAACCACCACGUGCACUCCUACUUCUACCACAGAAACUACUACUUCUACCACCACCACGAGAUCUCCUACUCCUACCACAGAAAUUACUACUACCACCAACACGACUCCUACUUCUACCACAGAAACUACUACUACUAGCACCACCACGAGUGCAACUACAUCUACCACAGACACUACUACUCUUACCACCACCACGAGCGCUCCUACUUCUACCACAGAAACUACUAUGCCUACCACAACCACGAGCAAAACUAAUUCUACCACAGCUCCUACUUCUACCACAGACACUACGUCUCCUACCACCACCAUGAACGUUCCUACUUAUACCCCAGGAACUACUACUACCACCACCAUGGGGGCUCCUAAUUCUACCACAGACCGUGCAAAUCCUACCACCACAACGAAUGCUCCUGCUUCUACAACAGAAUCUGCUACUCCUACUACCACCACGAACACAACUACUUCUACCACAGACCCUGCUACUCCUACCACCACCAUGAGCACUCCUACUUCUACCACAGAAACAAGUACUACUACCACCACCACCACUAGCACUCCUACUUCUACCCCAGAAACUACUAACACUACUACUCCUACCACUAACACGAGCGCACCUACUUCUACAACAGAAACUAAUACUACCAACACCAAACAGUACUACUCCUACCACCGCCACGAGUGCCACUACUUCUACCACGAACACUACUAUUCUUACCACCAACACGAGAGAACCGACUUGUACCACAGACCCUGUUACACAUACCACUACCACGAGCGCUUCUACUUCUACCACCGAAACUACUACUCCUACCACCACCAUGAAAACUACUACUCCUACCAACACCACGAGCACCAUUACUUCUACCACAGAAACUACUACUCCUACCACCACCAGAGGAGAACCUACUUGUACCAUAGACCUUGCUACAACUACCACUGCCACGAGCGCUCAUACUUCUACCACAGAGACUACUACUGCUGCCACCACCAUGAGCGUUCCUACUUCUAUGAUAGAAACUCCUACUCCUACCACCACCACGAACUCCACUACUUCCACCACAGACACUACUACUCCUACCACCAACACGAGAGAACCUACUUGAACUAUGACUCCUACCACCACCACGAGCGCUCCUACCUCUACCAAGAAACCUGCUACUCCUACGACCACCACGAAAAAUACUACUCCUACAACCACCACGAGCGCUUCUACUUCUUCCAAAGACAGUACUACUCCUUCCACAACCACGAGCGCUCCUACUUCUACCUCAGAGACUACUACACCUACCACCACCACGAUCGCUCCUACUUCUAA